CCUGCGCGCGCGCCCCUCGGAGGGACCGGACCGCAUUAACGGCGCAGGAUGGUUUUGACCGGGAGUAACCCGGAGUCUUAAAGCGCCAGUUUGGGAGGUCGUAUAAAAGAUCCGAAGAGAGGAAAAGCGCUCUUACAGUGCAGUGGUGCGGUGUGGACAAUGCCGGAGAAAACAAAGCCAAGAAAUGCUUUAAUUUAACUUUCUACCCAAAAGGAUGAUUAUUCAUGCACUGGUCAAAUCACUCUUCGUACUCUUGUAAAGCGGAGAGCCCACUGGGGAAAGUUUUAGAGGCAAGAUGCCCGUCUCUACCCAGCUGGGCCUGCUGCUGUGGAAGAACUUCACCUGCAGAAGGCGGCAGACGCUUCAGCUCCUGAUCGAGAUCGUCUGGCCGCUCUUCAUUUUCUCCGUCUUGAUAUCUGUGAGGCUCAGCUACCCCCCGUAUGAGCAACAUGAAUGCCACUUUCCAAACAAAGCCAUGCCAUCUGCGGGCACCCUGCCCUGGAUCCAGGGGAUCUUCUGCAAUGCGAACAACCCCUGCUUCCGCUACCCCACCCCUGGAGAGUCACCUGGAGUUGUGGGCAACUUCAACAAUUCUAUCAUUUCACGCCUGUUCAUCGACUUGAAAAGGAUCCUGCUGUACAGCCAGAGCGACAGGAGCAUGGAGGGUCUGAGGGCCCUGGCUCAGGCCUUGAGGACCGUGCAGAGCCACGCUUUAGGUGUCAAACUAAAGGACUUUCUCCGUGACAAUCAGCCGUUGUCGGCGUUCCUGGAGAACAACAUGUCAUUCCCACCACACGCCGUCGAGGAGAUCGUGGAGGCAGACAUCAAUCUGGAAAGGGUGCUGAUGAGAGGGUCUGGGAUGGACCUGAGGGAUCUGUGCAAUGGGAGCUCCCUGGAAGGGUUUGUGAACGCGUCGGACAGCAACGUGCUUCUGCUGGCCCGAGGCCUCAUCUGCAAGUCCUGGGAUCAGUGGCCCAGCGAGCCGGAGACCCACUUCCUAUCCAGCCUUGACUUUCUGAAGCCCAUACAGGGGGAUGUGAAGUCAGACACUCAGGUCAUCCAGGAGCUGUCAGAGGCAACAGAAAGCUUUCUGAAGAGCUUGGGGUCGCUGGUGGUUCAGCUCGCCGGCAUGCGGAGCUGGCACGACCUGCGCCACGAGGUCCUGUACCUGAUGCACAACGCCAGCGGCUCCCCCAUGCUCGUGUACCAGGCCGUCUCCCGCAUCGUCUGUGGGCACCCCGAGGGCGGCGGCCUCAAAAUCAAGUCCCUCAACUGGUACGAAGACCACAACUAUAAGGCGCUUUUUGGCAGCCAGAACAGCAGUGAGAACGAGCCGGUGUUCGUCUACGAUAACUCCUCCAGCCCCUUCUGCAACAAGCUGAUGAUGAACCUGGAGUCCAGCCCCAUGUCACGCAUGAUCUGGAGGGCACUGAAGCCCCUGCUGGUGGGGAAGGUGCUCUACACUCCGGACACAGCCGCCACACAGAGGAUCAUUAAGGAGGUGAACAAGACAUUCCAAGAGCUUGGUGUCCUGCGGGAUUUGGGUGGUGUUUGGGAGGAGCUGAGGCCCAAGAUCUGGAACUUCAUGGAGAACAGUGAGGAGAUGGAUUUAGUCCGGACUUUACUGAAGAACAAUGCCAGUGCCCACUUCCUGAACACCCAGCUCACUGGGACAGAGUGGAGGGCUAAGGACGUGUCCAGUUUCCUGUCCAAGCUCUCUGAGGACACACGGCCCGCGGGGACAGUGUUUACAUGGAGAGACGUCUUUAAUGAGACUGACCGUGCUGUGCAGACCAUCUCCCACUUCAUGGAUUGUGUCAAUUUAGAUAAACUGGAGCCAGUGGAUAAUGAAGAGAUCCUGGUGAACAAAUCCAUGCAGCUACUGGAUGACAGGAAAUUUUGGGCUGGAAUCGUCUUCCCGGACAUAGAAUCCAACAGUUCCGAACUCCCACCCAAUGUGAAUUACAAGAUUCGCAUGGAUAUCGACAAUGUUGAACGGACCAAUAAGAUCAAAGACGGUUACUGGGAUCCCGGUCCGAGGGCCGACCCCUUUGAAGACUUACGCUACAUCUGGGGUGGCUUCUCCUACCUUCAGGAUGUCAUUGAGCAGGGCAUCAUCCGAGCAGUCACCGGCACUAAGGAGAGGGUUGGCAUAUACAUCCAGCAGAUGCCUUAUCCCUGCUACGUCGAUGAUGUCUUCCUGCGUGUGACGAGCCGCUGCAUGCCCCUCUUCAUGACCCUGGCAUGGAUGUAUUCCGUGGCCAUCAUCAUCAAGGGCGUGGUGUACGAGAAGGAGGCUCGGCUGAAGGAGACCAUGAGGAUAAUGGGGCUGAACAGUGGCAUCCUGUGGGUCAGCUGGUUCAUCAGCAGUCUGAUCCCUCUGCUAAUCAGCGCCGCCAUCUUGGUUCUCGCCCUAAAGAUGGGGAACCUCCUGCCUUACAGUGAUCCAGGGGUCUUGCUGGUUUUUCUCGGCUCUUUCGCCGUGGUAACCAUAAUGCAGUGUUUCCUGUUGAGCACCAUCUUUUCCCGGGCCAACCUGGCAGCAGCCUGCGGAGGAAUUAUCUACUUCACCCUUUACCUCCCCUAUGUGCUCUGUGUGGCUUGGCAGGACUAUGUGGGUUUUGGUGGCAAAGUCCUGGCUAGUCUGUUGUCUCCAGUUGCUUUUGGAUUCGGCUGUGAGUAUCUGGCUCUUUUCGAGGAGCAGGGAGUGGGAGUUCAGUGGAGCAACUUACUCUCUAGUCCCCUGGAGGAGGACAGCUAUAACCUUAUCACCUCCAUCAUUCUUAUGUACUUUGACUCCUUCCUGUAUGGGCUGAUGACCUGGUACAUUGAGGCAGUUUUCCCAGGCCAGUAUGGGAUCCCAAGACCCUGGUACUUUCCUUGCACCAUGAAUUACUGGUUUGGGGAAAGUGGGAAAACAUGGACUCCGAAUAAAAAAGUGAAUUCAGAAGCUAUAUGCAUGGAAGAAGAGCCAACCCACCUGGGAAUGGGAGUUUACAUCAAGAACCUGGUAAAGGUGUAUCGCCAUGGAAACAAGGUGGCCGUGGAUGGGUUGACAUUAAGCUUCUACGAGGGUCAGAUCACCUCUUUUCUGGGCCACAAUGGUGCAGGCAAGACCACAACCAUGUCCAUCCUGACUGGGCUGAUACCCCCCACAUCUGGCACCGCAUACAUCAUGGGCAAGGACAUCCGCUCAGAUUUCAGCACCAUCCGACAAAACCUAGGAGUCUGCCCACAGCACAAUGUCCUCUUCAGCAUGCUUACUGUGGAGGAGCAUAUCUGGUUUUUUGCCCGUCUGAAAGGUCUCUCUGAAGACAAAGUGAAGGCUGAGAUUGAGCAGAUUAUCGCCAACGUUGGUUUGCCACACAAACGCAAGGCUAGAGUCAGCCAGUUGUCUGGUGGAAUGCAGCGGAAGUUGUCAGUGGCUUUAGCAUUCGUCGGAGGUUCGAAAGUCGUCAUCCUAGACGAACCGACUGCCGGUGUGGAUCCCUGUGCCCGUCGAGGCAUUUGGGAUCUCCUAUUGAAAUAUCGUCAUGGCCGCACUAUCAUCCUCUCUACCCACCAUAUGGACGAAGCUGACAUCCUGGGUGACCGCAUCGCAAUCAUCGCCUGUGGGAAGCUCUGCUGUGUGGGCUCCUCUCUAUACCUGAAGACUCAUCUAGGUACAGGUUACUAUCUGACCCUAGUCAAGAAGGACCUGGAUCUGUCCACCAGCUUCUGCUCCAACGGCACGGUCUCCUACAUCAAAAAGGAGAACAGUGAUACGGGAAGGUGCUCUGAUGCUGGGAUUGACGACAAGUGUGAAUCUGCGACCAUUAAUGUAUCGCUCAUCUCUAAUGUGAUCUUCAAGCACGUGCCUGCUGCACGCUUGGUAGAAGAUCUAGCCCAUGAGAUCACAUAUGUGCUUCCCUACAAGUCAGCCAAGGACGGUUCUUUCGGGGAGCUCUUCCAUGAGAUCGACAACUGCAUGUCUGACCUGGGAUUCUCCAGUUAUGGUAUCUCCGACACCACUCUAGAAGAGAUCUUUCUUAGGGUUGCUAAGGAGAAUGGAGCCGACGCAGAGAUGAUUUCAGACGGCACCAUUCCGACCCAUAGGAGGCGUGCUUUUGGAGAUCGGCCAAGCUGUCUCAGACUGUUCACCAACGACACCACUUUCAAUUGUGAGGAGUCUGAAACAUACCCAGAGUCAGACUGUUUAAGUGGAAUAGAGGGCAAAGGGUCAUACCAGGUCAAGGGCUGGAGUCUGAAGAAGCAACAGUUUGUUGCCCUGCUGCGGAAAAGGUUCCUAUACGCUUGCCGCUCCAGGAAAGGUUUUUUCGCUCAGAUUGUGCUGCCCGCAGUUUUUGUGUGCAUCGCCCUGAUCUUCAGCCUCAUCGUUCCUCCUUUUGGAAAGUAUCCCAGCCUGGCUCUACAUCCCUGGAUGUAUGACGAGCAGUUCACCUUCAUCAGCAAUGAUGCCCCUGAAGAUGCCAUAACUCAGAAAUUAUUAGAUGCCUUGACUGACCGUCCUGGCUUUGGAACGCGGUGCAUGGAUGGUAACCCUGUUCUAGAUGCCCCCUGCCCGACGGUGGAUGAUGACUGGUUCAUUCCCAGUGUGCCGGACAGUGUUCUGGACCUCUUCUUAAGGGGAAACUGGAGCAUGGAGAACCCAUCCCCCGCGUGCGAGUGCAGCUACGGCGGACGUAAGAAAAUGCUGCCGGAGUGUCCUGCCGGAGCUGGGGGCCUGCCGCCCCCCCAGAUGAAACUCACCACAUCAGACAUCCUGCAGAAUCUGACAGGCAGAAACAUCUCAGACUACCUGGUGAAAACAUAUUCUCAAAUCAUUGCAAAAAGCCUGAAAAACAAGAUCUGGGUCAAUGAAUUCAGAUAUGGCGGCUUUUCUUUGGGUGCCAAAGGCUCCCAUGGGCUUCCGGGCAAUAAGGUCAACGAGGCUAUCUCAAAGAUCAGGAGCCGCCUUCGCCUGGAACAGGGCACGGCGACCGACCGCUUCCUCGGAAGCUUAUCCAGCUUCAUCGAGGGACUGGAUACAAAAAAUAAUGUCAAGAUCUGGUUCAACAAUAAGGGCUGGCACAGCAUCGGAGCUUUCAUUAACGUGAUGAACAACGGCAUUCUGCGUGCUAAUUUGCCCAAAGGCGAGGACCCAAGCAAGCUGGGCAUCACGGCCUUCAACCAUCCACUCAACCUCACCAAGGAGCAGCUCUCCCAGGUGGCCCUGAUGACAACAUCAGUGGACGUGCUGGUGUCCAUCUGCGUGAUCUUCGCCAUGUCCUUCGUGCCGGCCAGCUUUGUGGUUUUUCUAAUCCAGGAGCGUGUCAGCAAGGCUAAGCACAUGCAGUACAUCAGUGGCGUGCCGCCCUUCCUCUACUGGCUUGCUAACUUUGUUUGGGAUAUGUGUAACUACAUAGUUCCUGCAACCCUGGUCAUCGUUAUCUUUAUCUGCUUCCAACAAAAGUCCUAUGUGUCCUCAACUAAUCUUCCUGUGCUGACACUUCUGCUGCUUCUCUAUGGGUGGUCCAUCACACCACUGAUGUAUCCAGCAUCGUUCUUCUUCAAGAUCCCCAGUACAGCAUAUGUGGUCCUCACCAGCAUCAACAUCCUAAUUGGAAUCAAUAGCAGUGUCUCUACCUUUAUCCUAGAACUCUUUGGCAACGAAGAAAUUGGGAAUAUUAUUGACGUCCUCAAGAACGUUCUACUGGUUUUCCCGCACUUUUGCCUGGGCCGAGGUCUAAUUGACAUGGUGAAGAAUCAAGCCAUGGCAGAUGCCCUUGAGAGGUUUGGUGAAAUCCAUUUCUAUUCCCCACUGGCCUGGGACAUGGUGGGUAAGAACCUCUUCGCCAUGGCGGUGGAGGGCGUCAUCUUCUUCUGUAUCACUGUACUCAUGCAGUACAGUUUCUGCAUUAAGGCCAGAUCAUUCCACACCAAGCUAAAUCCUGUUGGUGAAGAAGAUGAGGAUGUGGUAAGGGAAAGGCAGAGGAUACUGAAUGGAGGAGGACAGGCUGAUAUUCUGGAACUCAGACAGCUAACUAAAAUAUACAAGAGGAACCAGAAGCCGGCCGUUGAUCGCCUGUGCGUGGGCGUCCCACCCGGAGAGUGCUUUGGCCUGCUUGGUGUGAAUGGAGCCGGAAAAACAAGUACCUUCAAAAUGUUGACUGGAGACUCAGUAAUUACAUGUGGAGAAGCUUACUUGGAUGGAAAAAGCGUGCUGACAGAGAUUGAUGAAGUGCAUCAGAACAUGGGUUACUGCCCUCAGUUUGAUGCGGUCAACGACCUUCUGACUGGCCGUGAGCAUCUAGAGUUCUACGCCGUGUUGCGCGGGGUACCAGCGAAAGAAGUUUGCAAAGUCGCUGAGUGGGGAGUCUGCAAAUUGGGCCUACAGAAGUGCACAAACAAGAUGGCUGGAAGUUACAGCGGAGGGAACUUGAGGAAGCUGUCCACUGCCAUCGCUCUGAUUGGAGGACCACGUGUUGUGUUUCUGGACGAGCCCACCACCGGCAUGGACCCCAAGGCUCGCCGAGCGCUCUGGAACUGCAUCCUCAGCAUCCUCAAACAGGGCCGCUCCGUGGUCCUCACCUCACACAGCAUGGAAGAAUGUGAGGCUCUCUGCACCAGAAUCGCCAUCAUGGUCAACGGCAGGUUCCGCUGUCUGGGAAGCGUUCAGCACCUGAAGAACAGAUUCGGGGAUGGGUACACCAUCGUCCUGCGGGUAUCGGGACCUGAGCCGGACCUGCAGCCCGUGAUGGAGUUUGUGGAGAAGGAGCUUCCGGGCAGCGUGCUGAAGGAGACCCACAGGAACAUGCUGCAGUACCAGCUGCCCUCCUCGCUGGCCUCGCUGGCGCACAUCUUCGACGUUCUGUGCAGGAACAAGCAGCGUCUGCAGAUAGAGGACUACUCAGUGUCGCAGACCACACUCGACCAAGUGUUCGUUAAUUUUGCCAAAGACCAAAGUGACGAGAGCCACGGCAACAGAUAAAGCAGACCAGCACGGCCGUGGGAACUAUGACGCUCAACUCCUCAAGGACGACAAGUCAAAUGAAAGCUUUUUUCAGCCGCGUCCUUUUUCCAACUCUUGAAAAUGAACGUAUUUUUUGUUCCGAGUGAAAAAGGAGAACGCGAAAACUCCAGCACACUACAGAAAUAGUCAAUGCAAAACCUCCCCAUCGUGUUAUCAACAAUGCACGUAAAGCCCCUCACCUAGUGGUGCUGAAGCUGGGAUAUACUCCAUUUUUGUCCUCCACUGAGGGUGUUUAGCCAGUACAGUAGAACUUUAUACAAUGUGAUUACGAUGAUUCCAGUAAGACACUGCAGGCAACUGUGAACACAGUUCAAGGUUGAUUCUUUGGAACAUAGAGUACAGAAUAGUCUUUAAGCCUUAUUAUAUUUCUUACCGAAGAGUAAAACCAGUGAAAGUUUUGUUACUUAUUACAAUAUAUAAGAAAGGUGUUUAUUAUUUUGCGUUAAGACCAGAAUUUCUGUAUCAUUCCCUUUUAUUGUCUGAUGUGGUACUCUCCUCCUUGUUGUGGUACAUUUUGUUUUUAUUCGAAUCAGAUUGGAAGAAGAUGUACAGAAAGGACAAACUUGGCUAGAAAAUAUAGCGUAUAAUUUUGUGAUCUUUUUGUUUGCUGAGCUCAUGCCUCGUUUCUCUGAAUACCUCAGGAAGUUAGUUCAGACAUGUUGGAUGUUUAUUUUGUGGAACGUGUGAACAGAUCAAUGUCGUCAUCAGGUCUGUAUGGUUUUUUUUUUGAUAAAUUUCUGCAAAUUUCCACAAAAUUGAUGUGAUACGUGGUUAGAUCCAGUGGGGCCUUCUACUCACGGUUUGUUUGUUUUUUAAUUUUGAAGUUAAUGAAGCACCUCAAUCGAAGAACUGACCAUAAGUAUUAAGUCCUCUUGGCAAACUCAUCCUUUGGGUCAGUAUGAUCAUUUUCCGUUCCCCGUUUGUUUGUAUGAUCGGGUCUGUUGAGGUGGCUGAAAGAUCCAGGUGAUCACUGGGCUGUAUUGGCAUGUUUACAUUUGAAGUGUAACGAGAGCCUAUGAAAGUCUGUUACGUGUAUUAUACAACACUUAUUUACAGAAUACAAUAAAAUUGCAAAAUUUGAAUAAU